AUGAAUUCUGAAACAGACUUUAUGCAAAUGUGCGACAAAGGAUUGACAAAAGUGUUUGAAGAAAGUACCCCCCCUCCCCUUCCAACACCACCAUCACAACCACCACCACAACCACCACCACAACCACCACCGCAACCACCAUCACAACCACCACCACAACCACCACCGCAACCACCACCGCAACCACCAUCACAACCACCACCGCAACCACCACCGCAACCACCACCACAACCACCACAACCACCACCGCAACCACCACCGCAACCACCACCACAACCACCAUCACAACCACCACUACAACCACCACCGCAACCACCACCACAACCACCACAACCACCACCGCAACCACCACCGCAACCACCACCACAACCACCACCACAACCAUCACCGAAACCACCACCACAACCACCACCACAAACCAAAAUUACAAAAAUAACAUAUAGAAUACAAUGA